ACAGGGGAAAUGGUAGAAAAAAAAAAUAAAUAAAUCGACGUCAAUCAAUGUAAAUGCGUCAGCACUCACUGUCUGGGAAGCCACACGCCUCCUGGGAUAUAAACGCGCACCAACUUCAGCGCGCUCACGCGUGUGACAUCAGAGCGCAAUAAGCAACAAUCCGUUCCAUCUCCAGAAACCUUAUACGCUCAGAUAAAGCAUAAUAACUAGGUUUUCUGUGAACGACUCGUCUGGUAUGAAGUAAUUCCACAAUCUUGUAAAAGUAAGAAACCGCGUUCGGACAGUAUGGAUCUAAACGGAACACUAACAGAGCUCGAGUCCCUAAAAUUGCUCUUGUUGACGGAGCAACUUGUGGCGCGCGCGAACAAUUCCGCGCUGCUUCGCCAUAACGAGACAGGCGGAGGACAGCAGGAGGACCUGGAUGUGAACACAGAUAUUUACUCUAAAUUGCUUGUCACCGUGAUUUACGUGUUUCUGUUCGCUAUCGGCUGUCUCGGGAACUCCAUAACGCUGUACACCCUGUUAACAAAGAAGUCUCUUCAGAACCUUCAGAGCACCGUGCACUACCACUUGGCGAGCUUGGCCGUGUCUGAUCUGCUCAUCCUGCUGUUCAGCAUGCCCGUGGAGCUCUAUAACUUCAUCUGGGUGCACCAUCCAUGGGCUUUUGGCGCAGCCGCGUGCAAGGGCUACUACUUUCUGCGCGACGGCUGCUCGUAUGCAACGGCUUUCAAUGUGGCGAGCCUGAGUGCAGAACGCUACAUGGCCAUCUGCCACCCAUUUAAAGCGAAAAGUGUGAUGUCUCGCAGCCGCACCAAGAAGCUGAUCAGUGCCAUGUGGGCCGCUUCCUUUCUGCUCGCCACACCGAUGCUCUUCACCAUGGGCCAGAGGAGCGUGGACACUGAACCCAUAUGCACAACCAUCGUGCCCUCGGUCACGGCCAAAACUGUUCUUCAGGUAAAUGCAUUCCUGUCAUUUGUGGUUCCCAUGGGUCUGAUCUCAGUGCUGAAUGGAAUCAUUGCCAGUCAACUUCUGCGCAUGUUUCGUGAGGCAGCUCAGGACAACCGUGUCUGCCUUGUCGGUGGUAAUGCCACUAUGCUCAGCGUUGCUGUGGAGCCCAACCGCACCCAGUCCCUGCGCCAUGGUGUCAUGGUGUUGCGAGCUGUAGUUAUUGCUUUUGUGGUCUGCUGGCUGCCCUAUCAUGCUCGUCGACUGAUGUACUGUUACGUCACUGAUUGGACCGACACCCUCUAUGACUUCUAUCACUACUUCUACAUGGUCACCAACGUACUGUUCUACGUGAGCUCUGCAAUCAACCCUGUCCUGUACAACCUGGUCUCGACCAACUACCGUCAGAUCUUCUUCUCUACGCUGCACAAUUUUUGCCUGCCGUGCCGACGUAAGAAGCAAACGCACAUGCUCACCAGGCACUCUAUCAGCAUCUGCAGUAACCACACUUUCUCUUCCAAUGUCAUUAAAGAGACUGUCUACUGAUCAACGGCAACAGCCCAUCACAGUUAAAUCCUAGCGGAGGUAAUGUUACUGUUUACUUCCUAUAGGUUCAAUUCUCAACAUCAGAGCCUCAGUGGCUAAAAGAAAGAGAUUGUUGGUUAGCAGCGUUGUUACAGAACUAAACAUACAAAUGUGAUAAGAUGACAAUUAUUAAAUGUUCCAUGAAAUAAAAAAUAAAUCAAUCAAAUAAAACAUUGUGAAAGUACUGUAUAUAUUGUGCACUGUAGAGUGUACUUUGUAUUAUAAAAUAUUUGUACAAUUCAAAUGCAAAUCCAGUUCAAUAUCUUAAUUCUAAGACACAAAAGAUUACUUUAGAAAUGGAAAAAAAAAAGGUAGGGAGGAUCAUUUGGUGCUGUAUGUUUAUAAUGUUUAUACUUAUUUUUCCCCUAUUAUUUCUUUUAGAAGAUUUAUGGAAGAUCUAAAACAGAACUUUUUAAAAGUAGAAGUUUAAAAACAGAACUGAAAUGUGCACUGACCCCACUGCGGAGUUAUAGUCUGAUACGUCACUGUGAGAAUAAUAAAUAUGGCCCAUUAGAAAUCCCCCAUUAGUAAAGUACACUUAAAGAAGACUAAAUAGCUUUUUACAAAACGGUUCAAAUGCAGCAGGACGGUUUAGACUGAGAUCAAAGGAAAAUCCUCCAGUUUCAGUGACUUUACUGCAGCCAUAUUUCAGCUGACUCAAUUCCAUUCAAUUGCGCAUGGCUCAAGCCACUGCUGCUUUGUGGCGGUGAAAAAAAAGAGAACAAAGGACAAAAAAGCUUUUCUUUAGCAGUUCAGCAAAAGCUAUGGAUCACUUAAAAUCCCUGGGGUAAGUAAUGUGGACAUCAAAUUUUGAUCUUCUUUAUAGAAUCUGUGCUGUGCACAGGGAAUGCUGCAGAGAGCAAAGUAAAACAUCAUUAAGCCUCUGCUGCAACAUAAUUAUUAAAUAUAUUAACCAAAAAUAAUAUGGAUUUAUUCCAGCAAUGGACAAAAGAGGUGUGUGGUAAAGAAGAGAGCUGCCAUUAAAAUCGACAUAUGGGCUGUGUCGGGCGUAUUUUAUGUUAUAGGAAGAGUGUAGAAUGAAUGAGUCAAGACGAGAGGCAUGAUAUGGACAAGGUACAAAGCAAGAGCUAAGAGACUGCCACUGUGAGAAAGCUAAUAUUGUUCUAAUAAAGGUUGUUUCUUGCUUGUAUUGACAGACUGCUAGAUUAGGGGUAAAAGAAGGAAUAGUAUCAGCAGGAUAUGAGAGCAUGGUUCAUAAAUGUGUGUGUGUGUGUGUGUCUUGUGAAAGUGUGUCACUGAAUGUAUGAGUGUUUGUCUGUCUGUACUAAAUGUGAACAAAACAAAAUCAUGUUUAUUACAAUGAGUUCCUUCAAUGAAACCUGAUGCAGUGAUGACAUCUUUAAAUGAAGUCUUUGACUGGCCAUAUUUGUACUGUAAGAAUCGUAUUUCCUUAACAAUCUGUGCUGGGUGUGUGUGUGUUUUUUUCCCUUCACACUAAGCUAAUUGUAGUGCAAUCACACGUUGGUGAACAGUGUGUGCUUUAAACGACUAGAAAUCAAUGUUGUGAUGUUUCUUAUGUGAAAUUCAUUAGCAAAAUAAACAAACAGAUCCAUGUAUCUGCUUAAACUAUGUUUAAGGAUAACACUCAGAGGCUGUGUGACAUUCAAUAUGUCCUUAAUGACAACAGACCAAACAUGUGUAACUGUUAAUAAAGGAUUGUUCCUACAGGCAACUGGUGUGAAAGGCUGCUUCAGUUUCCUAACAAAUAGAACAGAAUAUAGAUUUUCUGUUUUCAUUUCCUGGACUACAUCAGAUCAUGACAAUCGACUCUGUGGCUCGGUGUACCACUGGUAUAUCAUAGCAAUAUUAAAACAUUUUAAAAUGAGAUUUUAUAAAUUAGAUCUAGAUUAUAUCCACUGUAUUGUACUAUACCUAUUGAAUAUAAAUCUGUUUAAGGCCAUUUAGAUCAUGUUCAGUUAUUCUGCUACACUCUAGCUAUAGUGGCUGCCUUUGUGGAGUGAAAUCCUUAGUGCUUUCAUUUAAUUUUCACUUAAUUCAAUUUCAUUCUUGAGAUCGGGCAAUCCAUUAGAUUCAUUAGAUCAGGCAAAUAGAGCUAAUCUUAUUAAUUGAUUGCAAUUUGCAUCUGUAGGUGGGCAAUGAUUUAACAUUAUCUAAAUAGUAUACUAUUAAUUAUGUACUAGAAGGAAAAUGCAUUCUUGUUUAUGCAACUAACCAUUAAGUAAAUGGAUGUUGAGCGACUCAGUGCAGUGAAGAAAGCCCAAAUCCUACUACAUACCAAACAUUAUAUAUCUCCAAAA